CAUAAGUGAGAAAAGAAUUCAUUCUUGUGGGGACUUGAGGAGGCUCCUUGGGGAGGUGCUACUACUCAGACAUCCAGGAAGCUGCCAAAUCCCACUGCUGCUUCAUUCCAGGAAGAAUACAGUACUAUGUCCUGUACUGUCUGUGUACAGGGUUGUAACUACAGCUACUAGUGCAUUUGAUCUGCUUCAUCAGUUUCCUAUCACCACAGGACUUUGAGAUAUAUUUUCUACCAAAAUGUCAUCUUCCUUCUACAUUGUUUUCAUAGUUCUUGGGCUUCAUGCUACUGUUCAUUGUUUUCCUGGUACUCAGCAUGAAGGUAAAGGUAAUGAAGUCAAACAUUCUAUCCCAAGGAACUCAACCUUAUACAAAAUGUCCACAAAUAAUGCUGACUUUGCAUUCAACUUAUAUAGGAAACUGGCCUCAGAGAACACUGGGAGGAAUGUUUUCUUCUCCCCAGUGAGUGUGAGCUCAGCCUUGGCUAUGAUAUCUCUUGGUGCCCAAUCAGACACACAGAUUCAGAUCCUACAAUGUCUGGGUUUCAACCUGACAGAGAUGCAAGAGGAUGAAAUUCACCAUGGUUUCCAUCACCUUAUCCAUACCCUGAAUCUCCCUAACAAGGAACUUGAAUUGAAGGCAGGAAAUGCCCUCUUCAUCCAAAAGCAGGUGAAAAUUCUCAACCAGUUUACAAGUGGCAUCCAGAAGCUGUAUGAGUCAGAGGCUUUUUCUACUGAUUUCUCAAAUGUUUCAGAAGCUGAACAGAAGAUCAAUAAUUAUGUGAAGAAGAAGACCAAAGGGAAGAUUGUAGAGGUGAUCAAAGAUCUUGUUCCAAAUACUUACAUGAUCCUAGUAAACUUUAUUUUCUUUAAAGCUAAAUGGGAGAAACCUUUUGAUCCUCUAGAAACCAAGCAAAAUGGCAAUUUUUACAUGAGAGAGUCAGUUGUGAUAAAGGUUUCCUUCAUGCACCAAGUUGAAGAACACUUUUACUUCAUGGAUAGGAUAUUGAACUGCACUGUACUUCAGAUGGACUACAGUAAAAAUGCACUGGCCAUUUUUGUUCUUCCUGAUGAAGGCCAGAUGAAGUUGCUGGAGGAUACUCUAAUGUCAACAACUCUGAGAAGAUGGAACCACUUGCUCCAGAAAGGGUUAGUGAAUUUAUACAUUCCCAAGUUUUUCAUUUCUGCUUCAUAUAACCUGGACACCAUCCUCCCAGGAAUGGGAAUCCAAGAUGCUUUCACUAACCAGGCAGAUUUUUCUGGUAUCUCAGAACAUUUCAAACUGAAGAUUUCAAAUGUAGUUCAUAAAGCUGUGUUAGACGUUGGAGAAAAGGGCACCGAAGCUGUGGCUAUCACAGAUUUAAGGAUGGAAUUUCGAUCAGCUUUAGCUCACCCUGGUGCUUUGAUUGUCUUCAAUAGGCCCUUCCUGGUGAUGAUUUUGGAUAAAGUCACUCGAAGCAUUCUCUUUCUAGGAAAAGUGAUGGAACCAAAGGAACAAUAGUUGCAUAACUGCUACUAGUAAACAGCCUACCCUUACUGAAGUGUAAAAUAAAUAUGUAUUAUGGCCUAAAA